GAGCUUAAGGCGGAUAUAUUCAGAUGUUUGCUGGAAUCCCAGCGUGAAGGUUUCUUAAUCGGCUGGGUGUUUUCCAAAGACUUAAAGGACUAAACAAAAUGGUAAUCGACGAGUGGAAAGAGUGCGGCAUUGCCACGAAAUUUCCCACUUACCGCAACUCGGCGCUGAUAACAACCCACAGCUGGCAAAAGGGAAAACGGCAGGAUGAUCGGGCCGAAGGACUCUGGCGCAUUCACGAUAAUAUAUAUGAUUUCACCGAGUUCAUUGACAAACACCCUGGUGGUCCUUUUUGGAUUCGUGAGACGGUGGGCACAGACAUAACGGAAGCUUUUGAAGCACAUCAUCUUACGACUGCUCCUCAGAAGAUGAUCGCUAAGUACAAGGUGAGGGAUGCUGCAGAGCCAAGGAUCUACACCCUGACCCUGGAGGAAGGCGGAUUUUACAAAACUCUUAAGAAACGAGUUUGCGAAAAGCUGAAAACCGUAGAUAAACAGCCAAAAAAAAAAAGUGACAUCAUACACCUGGGAGUCCUUGUGUCGCUCUUCCUCUUCGGCAUUGUCAGUGCCAAGUAUAAUAGUUAUUUAGCUCUGAUCCUGGCAGGUGUUGCCCUUUGUUGGACGGUCAUCGUGUCGCACAACUACUUCCAUCGACGGGACAACUGGCAGAUGUACACCUUCAACUUAGGUCUAAUGAACUUUGCUGCGUGGCGUGUAUCCCACGCACUGUCCCAUCACAUCUACCCCAAUUCCUACUUCGAUCUGGAGCUAUCGAUGUUCGAGCCCCUGCUGUGCUGGGUGCCUAAUAGGCACAUUAAGAGUAAGGUGAUGCGGUAUGCGUCCUGGGUUACGGAGCCGAUUGCCUAUGCCUUUGCCUUUUUUAUUCAGAUAGGCACACGUAUCUUCUACUCACUGCGCCACACUAACAUCCUUUACUGGCAUGAUCUACUGCCGCUUAGUAUACCAAUCGCUAUAUACCUCGGAACUGGAGGAUCUUUGGGGGUAUGGAUUUGUGUGCGCCAGUGGCUUGCGAUGACAUCGAUCGCCAGCUUCACCUUCUGUGUAAUUGGUUUGAAUGCAGCGCAUCACGAUCCAGAAAUCUAUCACGAGGGCGAUGCGAUUCGCGUGGAUCGUGACUGGGGUCUUUUUCAGGUGGACACGAUCAUUGACCGCGGUGAUCUCAAGGGUUCGCAGUUUCUGGUGCUUACCCAUUUUGGCGACCAUGUGCUCCACCAUCUCUUUCCUACUCUGGAUCAUGGACUUCUACCCGCUCUCUAUCCCGCUCUGUACCAGACUCUGGACGAGUUCAAGGGUCACCUCCGCGAAUGCAAUCACAUUGAGCAUAUAAUCGGCCAGCAUAAGCAACUACUACGCGUCGAGCCGAAUCCCAGGGCUCCAGGGGAGAGAAAGCAGGCCUAAUCUUGACUUUGGCUUAACUAUAGUUAUUAGAGUAUAAUUUAUUUUUUUCUAAAUUGUUUUGAAUUACUGUGAGAUUGAGCAUUUCUUAUCUGUUCUUGCGACAAUAAAUUAAUAGGAAUGAUUUA